CUUGGUCACACCUGUCGUACACCUGUAGAGAAGUACCAUGGACUGGGUUACCCUGGGUGACAGUCCCGACGAGAGACUUUGUCAGGCCAGAAAUACCUACAAGGUAAAGCUGGUCCCUGGUCACACGCUGCCUACCCUGGAGGUGAUGCGGGCAAAAGCUGAGGAGAUGUUACAGCAGAAAAAAGAAGAUGCAUUUUAUGUCUUUGACCUCGGGGACGUGGUGGAAAAGUACGAGAAAUGGCUGAGACUGAUACCUCGGGUAGAACCUUUCUAUGCCGUCAAGUGCAACCCUUCUCCACUUGUGGUCAAGCUGUUGGCGCAUCUUGGAGCAGGUUUUGAUUGCGCCAGCCAGGCAGAAAUAGACCUCGUUCUCGCGAUGGGUGUUGCACCUUCCCGUAUCGUGUUUGCCAAUCCAUGCAAACAAAACUCCUUCAUCCAUUUCGCUAACUCUAAAGGUGUGGAGAUGAUGACUUUUGACAACGAGGAUGAGCUGCAGAAAAUCAAAGACGCUUUCCCACGAUGUCGUCUUCUACUGAGAAUUCUGCCCGAGUCAGGAUUCAAGAAGCAUAUAGAGCUAGGUAACAAAUAUGGCUGUCACCUGGAGGAUGUUCCACACCUGCUUCUGAAAGCACAGGAGCUGCAACUCAGUGUCAUUGGCAUCAGCUUCAACGUGGGCACAGGUGUGAUGGAGCCUGAGGCCUACUCAGCAGCUAUACAAAUGGCAGCAAAAGCCUUUGACAUGGCAGAAGAGCUCGGAUUCUGUUUUCAGCUUCUUGACAUCGGUGGAGGAUUCCUGGGCUGCACGCACGAAACAGAACAGUUCGAAAUGACAGCCAAGGUAGUGAACGAGGCUCUACAGUAUUUCCCUCCAGAAAGAAACAUCCGCCUCAUCGCCGAGCCAGGAACAUACUUUGUUGCUUGCUUCACCCUCGCCGUCAACGUCAUAGGGAAACGUGUCGAGUCACGUGACACACCAGACAUGCACAACUUAAACAACUAA